CAGGUAGGUGGAAAGUUUGAAGAAUUACGAGGUAUAAUAGAUCGUGUGCAUGACAAAUCCCGGAUGGGUGUGUGCCUGGACACCUGCCACGCCUUCGCUGCUGGUUAUGACUUUGCCUCAGAAAAAGGCUUCGCAAAAAUGAUGGAAGAAUUCGAGUCUGUCAUAGGCCUGGAGUACCUUCGAGCUGUGCAUCUGAAUGACUCUAAGGGUGCACUAGGAUGUCAUUUGGACAGGCACGAGAACAUUGGAAAGGGAAAGAUUGGAAGCACAGCAUUUCAGCGCUUAAUGAAAGACCCGAGAUUUGAUGGCAUUCCUAUGAUCUUAGAGACACCUUGUGUAACUGACGACACGUACAAAAAGGAGAUUAAACAACUUUACUCCAUGGCUUAGUAAGCAGUUAUUUCUGCAAAAAGUUAUUUAGACUUUCAUUCUAACAUGAUACAUGCAUAUCAUGUAAAUUAAACUUGCAGACACUUGCAGACUAAACGGGCGUAGAGGCUGAGCGUAAUCAAAAAUGCUUGAACAAUCAAGAAAUUUCCCGUCGAUGUUUACCGAAUUGUACGGUCUUCCGAUGAUAUGAAACACCAUUGCAUGCUUAUUAGUUAACGAAUGCAGUUGAACGAAAUUACAAACAGAACAAAUUACACACGCACACACACCAGAGCAUUAUUUUAGCGCUUAAUGAAAGACCCCAAUUUUGAUGGCAUCCCUAUGAUCUUAGAGACACCUUGUGUAUCUGACAAUGCGUAUAAAAAGAAGAUUUAACAACUUUACUCCAUGGCUUGAUAAGCAGUUAUUUCUGCGAAUAGUUAUUUAGACUUUCAUUCUAACAUGAUACAUGCUCAUCAUGUAAAUUAAAUUAAACUUGCAGACAUUUAGUUGUGCACCUUGUUCUCUGCUUAAAUCGGUAAAAGACUAAACCAGCGUAGAAGCAGAGCGUAAUCAAAAAUGCUUGAACAAUCAAGAAGUUUCCCGUCGAUGUUUACUGAAUUGUACGGUCUUCCGAUGAUAUGAAACACCAUUGCAUGCUUAUUAGUUAACGAAUGCAGUUGAACGAAAUUACAAAUAGAACAAACUACACGCGCACACGCAUACUCCCCGCCCCCCUCCCCUGCCAAAAAAAAAAACAACCCAGGUACUAGAGAAUAUUACUUUUCGUUAUUAUUAUGUUCUAGCUCUGUUUAAUUUGUGUUGCGUUAGCUAGACAAGUUGACUAUGUACUAUUUGUAAAUGUUACUUAAAGAAUUUGCAUGACAUAUUUCCUCCGAAAGGGAAAGACUUCUUGUUAAUGACUAAUAAAAUGAAAUAAAAUUAUCAUAUUAUCCUAGAGACGUUUUAAAAUUCCUAACAAAAGUACCGCGGAACUGAACUGCAUUUUAUCACCCAGUUGCUGCAUCACACACUUCAGUAGCUCUGUUCCUUUCUUCGCGACAGACAAACCGCUGCAGUUCGUUUGUGGCGAGCGACGCAGGUAGGUGUGCUGACAUAAGCCUUUCUGGAUAAGUUUACCUUUGGCUACAUAAAUAAUGUGCUACAGCAUAAACGCUUGGCUUACGCUCCAAGAGAACCUUUUAGGCAAUUUUAACUAGAAAUGCGUAUCUUGUAUACCCUCGCGAAACUCGGUGCGUUUGCUCGCAAGUGAAGCCCUGCCGGUCGUGCCUAGAAACUGUUUGGCUGACCAGCCGCAAAUUUCUGGUCGUGAGGAUCUCUACAUUUUUGUCUCUCUGGGUCUAUAGUGUUAAACAUAAAUACAAGCAAUGGCAAAAAUUUAGCUUUGAUCCACUUUAGUCUUACCUAGGUCUGAUUUCUGCUUUAAAUAAAGGGGAUGUUCUUAAGUGGGUACUGUACCUAGCCCGCUCAGAGACCCUCUAUAUUUUCUCUUCAAAGUCCGUCGAACCCGGGAGAUAAAAUUUAAACCGCAGGGGGAUUUAUUGACCGCCAGCGAAAGCGGGGUGGCGUUCCGUGCUCGCUCUCGUGUUCUCGCUUUGAUCGCGAGCUCGCCGAUGUUUUUCGAAAAUAAAAGGAAAACAACGUCUGUGUACAGGUUAUACUGCAUCGGGGCUGAUGUAAUGUCGAAUUCUACAAUGCAACACAAACCUUCUGUCAUGAGUCAUGAGUUCGUUGUAAAAAAGACUAUAAAGAUAUGGUCUAUUUCAAUAGGCUUCUUCAGCAGCAUCCCUUCUUAUCUUAAAAUAUGUUAACAAAAGCUUGUACAUCUUAAGACCUUUCCUGACGGGCCUAUCCUUAUAUUUGAUAUAAAGUUUAGCUUGAAUCUUGUGUUUCUCAGAAGCCGGCUUCCCGGCCAGGCAGCGAGCCAAAAGAACGUCUACGUGGGAGGCCAGCCCGGGAGGCCUAUUUCCCAGGUGACUCGUGAAAGUAAAAUUAUAUCAAUUGCUGCAAUUUCUGCUCUCCACCACUAACUACACUUUUUAAUUUUUCCUCUGAGCCGAGUCUUCCGGUCACGACCUUAGUUAUUUAUACUGCGAGAAAAGUUGAGCAAAUCAUUCUCGCUGAAGAAGCUUAAUUAACAGCCUCUGCAUGUAGAAAUACUUGACACGAUAUUUCAACUUUAACUUUGUACUGUAGUACUUUUCUCGCUGUUAUUGUAAUAACUUUAUUUAGAAGCCAAUUAGUUAUGAAUUGUAAUUUUUUGUAUUGCUCCUCUUGUUUGUUGUAAUGACUGGACAGCUCAAACUUUACAUUGAUCGGCAUGAAAUUAAAGAAAGAAUAUCGGUUUGAAAAAAAGGUUUCCAUUGUUAUUCUUGAUGGCGUGAAUCGACAGUGAAAACACCACAGGUAGCCGAAGCUCGAAAUAUGAGCAUCAGCGAGCAUCGGCAUUAUAUUGUUGCAUAACAUUCAAAAUAUAAGGAUUUGUAUGGGAAAAACACCUAUCGUUUCUGUAACCUACGAAAAUGAAAGGAUUUCAAUAACAAACAGCUUACCUUACGUAAAAUGUGUGUUACGUCUCUCCUGUGUGGUCCACGGGCCGAUUUAUGGCGCGCCGUUCUAUGGGUGUUUGUGUAAACGGUUUUCUCUCUAUAUCAGCGUCUAUAUAAUAUAAAGGUUUACCGGCAAGGUUGGGCACCCCAGCGAAGCGGCUCGACUGAUCAUGAUCCACCGAAGGAAAACGGCCGGAAAUUCGCUCCAACUGCUCCAAUCGCCUCCAAAUUCCGCUUAGGUAACACACGAUAGUCCUUCCUUCCAUUCGUCAUCUUGCUUCAAGACUCCUUUGCACCGAGAGCGAAUCAAAGGUCGCAAAUAAUAAACCUUCAUAUAGAGAGAAAACCGUUUACAUAAAAACCCAUAAAUCGGCCCGUGGACCACACAGGAGAGACGUAACUCACAUUUUAAGUAAGGUAAGCUGUUUUUUAUUGAAAUCCUUUCAUUUUCGCAGGUUACAGAAACGAUAGGUUUUUCUUCCCAUAUAAAUCCUUAUAUUUUGAAUGUUACACAACAAUGCCGAUGCUCGCCGAUGCUCAUAUUUCGAGCUUUGGUUACCUGUGAAAACACCAAUAUGAACAGGACCGCCCAAAAACCAAUCAAGAUUGAAUGAUCACCCAGCAAAAAUGGUCGGCCUCCCCCACCUCCCCUCCCUCACAGGUAAUUAACGACCAGCUCCUAAUUACUGACUUUUUCAAACCGAUAUUCUUUCUUAAAUUUCAAUGUAAAGCUUUAGCUGUCCGGUCAUAAUAACAAACAAGAAGAGCAAUAGAAAAAUUACAAUUAACAACUAAUUGGCUUCUACAUAAAGUUCUUACAAUAACAGCGAGAAAAGUACCCUAUAUUAUUAAAAGUUUUAAGGUGCUGUAAUACCACAGUGAAAGUAGAAACUCAGAAGAAGCGAUAGUUUUGAAAUUAGUGCAAUAAAGCAUUAAUGAGCAUGAAUUGAAAUUGAAUGUAACAGCCCCUUCUUACAAGUAAUAAACUACCGGCCCCAAACUCAAAGCCGGGCCGGUUCAGGGCAGCAGCUAAUUAAUAAUGAUUUUCUUCUAGCCAAUCACAGAACACUUACGUAAGCUUAAAUCAUUGGUCAUUAUAAUAAUUAGGAGGUGGCCUCACGUUAUCGUGAGAGUGGAUUGUAGCCAGUAAGUAUUCGUAUAAAACGAAACGCAGUUUUAAAGAAAGAAACCACAUCUAAUUCGUUAACUGUAGAACCCUCUAUGCCUGCCCCCCCCCCUCCCCCUUAAAAAGUCUUCCAAGAUAAAAGCAUCAGCUCGAAAACAUACUUAUACUUUGCAGCUACCUCAUCAUCAUUCAGUCAGAGUUUGGCUACAACUGUCUGUCAUUGAUCCAAAUAUUGUUCUAGGUCAGAGCAGAGACUACAAUGGACUAAGAACGAUGUCUCCAGCAGAAGGAAUUAAACUACUUCUCUUUUCUAUUCUCGUACUAAUUAAUUUGGUCGGCAAUACUCUGGUUUGCGUUGUUGUGCUUCGAACCAAGUCGAUGAGAAUUCCAAUGAACUUUCUUCUCGUGAACCUUGCAAUCGCGGACAUGACUGUGGGACUGUUUUUAACCCCCGUGUACAUUCUUCGUCCUCUCAUUCGCCAGGCUGACUCUCCAUUGGGUGACGUUUUAUGCAAGUUACUUACGGGAGGAAACUUUAGCUGGAUUGGUUCGGCCGCCUCUGUCUUCACUCUCGUUUUAAUCGCGUUUGAGCGAUAUCUUUCGAUAAUGUUUCCACACAACCGAAAAAGAAAUUUAACGUCACGGAAUGCGAAACUUGGGAUUCUACUGUGUUGGCUGAUGGCUCUCUCAUCGGAGAUUCCUCCUAUCUUGGUGAUGAGAUACAAUGCGGCCAACAAUAUUUGCAUCGAAGACUGGUCCAAUGUUCAACAAGCCAGAAUAUAUACAGUGAUAACAUUUUUUAUCGACUUUGUCAUUCCGUUUACAUUAAUGGCUGUUUUGUACGGAAGAGUGCUUUGCAAACUAUGGAAUAAUAAGCUUUGCAGAGCAACACACGUCGCGCUUUUAAGGAGAAGGAAAAAGGUCACGAUGGUUCUCUUUAUUGUAACCUUAUUACACGCGAUUUGUCUUCUGCCCGACACAGUAGCCUACUUUCUGUCCUACUUUGGAUUCGGGAACGGUUCCACUGCAUACAUGAUCGGCACUGCCUUUAUUUGCUUGCAUUCAGCAGUAAAUCCUUUUCUGUAUAGUCUUCAUAGUGAAAGAUUCAAGCGAUCCCUGCGGAGCAUAUUUCGCUGUAACACUAAUGCACCUGGCACGUGCACUCCGCGCGCCCAAAAGAAAGACAAAGAACCGAAGAGUGCUGUGUUCUUCUAUAAGAAAACCCGAAACGUCCACUCAAUUCGGUGA